UCUUAAUCUGACGUCGUGGGAUCAGCUGAUCUUUUCCUGUACACCCGCGCAGUUCUGCAGUUAUGGCUGGAAUUAAAAUUGCACCACUCAGACCCUGGGACGAUUUUUACCCAGGGACCGAUCGAUUUGCAAAACCAGACUUUGGUGAUUUAACAAAAUGGAACAACAGAGUCGUGAGCAACUUACUUUACUAUCAAACCAAUUACUUGGCACUGGCUAUCGUUGUUUUUCUGAUCGUGGGGUUUUUAAACCCCCAGGCAAUGAUCCUCGGAGGAGCCGUGGUGACCCUGGUGUUUAUGGGCUCUGUCUGGGCUGGGGAAAACAAGGCUGUGAUCAAGAACUUUAAGAAACAAAACCCCAUGGUGUUUGUGAUUGCUGUUAUGGGAGCAAGUUACUUCCUCAUCUCAUUAUUCGGGGGCGUGAUGGUGUUCAUAUUUGGUAUCACGUUUCCAAUGCUCUUGAUAUUUAUCCAUGCCUCACUGAGACUUCGGAACCUGAAGAAUAAAGUGGAGAACAAUAUGGAAGGAGUAGGGCUGAAGAAAUCACCUAUGGGGGUCAUUCUCGAGGCUCUUGGGCAGCAAGAAGAAAGCAUUAACAAAAUUGCAGAUUUCAUUGCUAGCAAAGUCAAAGAGUAAUUGAAAACCUGGCCAGUAUAAGCAACAUAAUUCUUCCCUGUGGUGCCCUAACUAUUUCAUUUUGUAUUAAUGGAACAUUGUAAAAACAAAAUUGCUUUUCUGACAGAUCUUGAAGAAUAUUGGUUUUGAAGGCCACAUUUGAAUCCCAUUGCUUUGUUGUACACAGUGGCCAUUACUCCCUCUUGUGUUUGCUGUAGUUUACCUUGUCUUUUGUCAAAUGCUAUAUUUCUGUUGGUAAUUAAACUAUAAGCAGACUGCCUUGAAUACUAUAACAAUAUUUCUAAGAGUAUAUUGGAAAUAUAACAGUGUGGUUGCAUUUAUAUUGCUGUAAAUUAUUGCAUACCAACAAAGGGACAAAAUAUGAAGGUAACAUUAAUGUAAACUACAGAAACUAUACAAUUGCAUGUCGAGAUAUUAGAAACAGGGUUUAGACUCAAAAGUAAUAUGAAUUUGUCUGGAAUUCCAGUAUGUAAAUUUCAGCACAACCAUGUCAUAUUAAUUGUUAAGGGCAUAGGAAUGACAUGUUUGUGUUGACCCUCUAUGUAUUAAAAAUAGUAGAAUAGUAAAAGCACAUUUGAUCGCAGUUCUGCCAGUUUAUCCCUGUAUUUCUUCUAGCAAUCUGUUAGGUACUCUUACAAUUAUAUACGUUUUCAAUAUAGACUCGUGGAUAAAGCCUGAACCAUUGUGUUGGCAGCAGUUGUGUAGGGUUCUACUUUGUAAGAUGGUUCUGACUGGCACAGCAAACAAUAUUCCAGGUUAUUAUCAAGAUGGCUUUUCUAGUAGAUUGCUGUGCAAUAUGGUAUAUCAUUUUUGCAGUGGAUUUUGUUUCUGGAAACAGCUUAAUAAAAACCUUAAAAUAGUCUGACGUUGUACUUAAAGAAUUAAUUGCAAGCUUUUCACUCCCUAUUUUCAGAGUAAGUAAAUUAUUAACAUUGCAUACAAUAUACCUUUUUAAAUAUUUCUGCCAUCCAGAAUAAUGUAAUUUAAAACAUUUAAAAAAAUUAAGAGUAAGAAAAAUAUUCUGUAUGCAUUAUAAUAAUUAUCAUGUGUUUUUUUUUUUGUUUGUUUGUUUGUUUGUUUAAAUGCAUGUGUGCUGAACUGUUUGUGCAAUAUUUGCAUUCCGACAUUUUUUAUUUAAUUGAGUCCCGAUCAGUAUGUGCCUUGUUUGCAGCAAAGAUAGACAACAACAACUCUAAUUUUUUGAUCACAAUACAAAUACAAAGUUGCUUCCAUGACCAGAAACUCUUAUCAUAAAACAUCAAUAAUAAUAUAGUGGCCGCAUGUUUUGGCUAUCCGCUUUGUUUGGUCCCAUAAUUACAGGCAGUAUUCUAACCUUCCUACAGUAUGAGAGGUGACUUUACUGUUAUUGACAUGAGCAGCCUCCUGACUGACAUGGAUAAGAUUCAGAAAUGGUUAACAGAACCAGUGCACCAACAGUGCUGGUUUGCAAACUAUUUAGCUGUAAUUUGAGCUGCGAUGGGGAUGUGAGAGGUUUUUUUUGUUUGUUUGUUUAAUAAUAUGGAAAUGUAUUCACUAAACUGAGUUCUAGUUGCUAAUCCAAUUUAUUCUAGUACAAAAAACUAUUUUGUUUAUAUGCAAUGUACCUAACUUAUAUAGGUUUGUCUUAUGCAAGUGCAAUGCAUUGGAAAAGUUAAAUAAAAGAAAGAAUAUUG